CGGUGGCUAGGAGACUUCUUGUCGCUUCUGUUGUGGUCCGGAGCUGGGGCGCUGCUCGGCCCGGGGAGCGAAGGCCGGCUGAGGACAGCGAGCCCCGGGCCGCGGGGCGGGGAGGCCAGAGCGAGGCCGGGGCUUCGGCGCUAACCGCGGCCCAUGGAGGCCGCCGGCGGAGCGGGGGAGCCGGAGGCGCUGACCUGCUUCUCCUACAAUCAGGACUGCACUUCUUUGGCCAUUGGAACCAAAACUGGAUACAAACUUUUUUCCUUGAGUUCUGUGGAGCAGCUGGAUCAGGUCCAUGAGAGCAAUGAAAUUCCAGAUGUUUACAUUGUAGAGCGCCUCUUUUCCAGCAGCCUGGUGGUGGUGGUGAGUCGGUCAAAGCCUCGGCAGAUGAAUGUCUACCAUUUCAAGAAAGGGACGGAAAUCUGUAACUAUAGUUAUUCUAGUGAUAUCCUCUCCAUCCGCCUCAAUCGACAGAGACUGAUUGUUUGCUUAGAAGAAUCUAUUUAUAUUCAUAACAUUAAAGACAUGAAACUUCUGAAAACAAUCCUGGACACCCCUCUGAAUUCAACAGGUUUAUGUGCACUUUCUAUCAACCAUUCCAAUUCCUACUUAGCAUACCCUGGUAGCACAACUGUCGGCGAGAUUGUGUUAUAUGACGGAAACAAUUUGAGAGAUGUCUGCUCAAUUUCUGCCCAUGAUGGACCCCUUGCUGCCCUAGCCUUCAACUCCACAGGAUCAAAGCUAGCAAGUGCUUCUGAAAAGGGAACAGUCUUUCGUGUGUUCUCUAUCCCUGAAGGACAAAAGCUCUAUGAAUUCAGAAGAGGAGUGAAGAGGUACGUGAACAUCAGCUCCCUAGUGUUCAGCAUGGACUCACAAUUCUUGUGUGCAUCAAGCAACACUGAGACAGUGCACAUCUUCAAGCUGGAACAUCUCACAGACAGCCGGCCUGAAGAACCCCCAUCCUGGAGCGGCUACAUGGGCAGGAUGUUCAUGGCUGCUACCAACUACCUCCCUUCUCAAGUGUCAGGCAUGAUGAUCCAGGACCGGGCCUUUGCCACCGUGCGCUUGAACAUUUCUGGACCAAGGAACAUCUGUGCGCUCUCCACGAUCCAAAAGCUGCCUCGGCUCUUAGUCACAACAUCUGACGGACAUCUUUACCUCUACAACCUGGACCCUCAAGAUGGAGGGGAGUGUGUUUUAAUCAAGAAGCACCGCUUGCUUGACUUGGGAAAGACAGAAGAGAACAAAGAAAAUGAUCUCCGGCCUCCUGCGGCUCAGACCUACGCUGCAACUGUAGCCAAGCAAAGCUCGGUGCCUUCGCCUUCCAUGAUGCCAGAUAAUCUUAUGCCGUGGAAUCCAGACGAACAAAGUGAAGAGUUCAUGAGGAGUGGCAAACAGCAGAGCACAGAACGGCGGAUGGGAGGUAGUUUUGAAAAAACUAAAGGGGAAUGUAGAAGAACCCACAAUUUGGGGGGAACCCUGAGGUGCUCCAGUCCUUUUAACACAGUAUGUUCAUUCCUAGCCAGUUCUUUCUGGCCAUUUGUGUGUGCUUUCUUAAAAGUGCUAUGUAAGUUUGGUAUCCAUGUACUGUAUAUUUACGUUGCUCUAUACUCAAGAACCAUGAUGCAACUGUUACCCUAAUGAAUUUAAAUUUUAUACACAAGCCUGCCCUUUUCUAACUUAUAUCAUGUAUAAAUGUACUUACAGAAGUCUAUUGAUCAAUGUCUUUGUAUGUUGUAUGCAUAAUAUUUUACCCAUGCAGAAUAUUUUUGCAGUGAUCUAUGGGGGGGGGGGACCCAGAACCCCAGCAUAUGCUGUGGGCGCUCUGCUGGAAUACCUAUCAAUAAAGUCAUCAUGAAGUCA